AUGCCAGGAAUACAAGUAGAUCGUAAUGCAAUACUUCAAUAUUUAGAUAAUGCCGAGGUUUUAGCCGGCUUUGAUGAGGUUACCCGCGAUGAAUUCAAGUUAGCUCCUUAUUUAGAAAAAGGAUUUAUUGAUGGCGGGGACGUAGUUAAAUACUAUAGCGACGAGUUAGGAGGUGGUUAUGAGUACCGGGAAAAAGGUCUUUCUUAUGAAGAAAAACGAGCUUUAACCGUAACUACUGAAGUAGUUAGUGAAGAGAUGAUUAAGCAAGCCAUCAGCGACCCAAAAGUAAGUGGAAGGAUUUUGGAAAAUAAGAUUGGUGGAAUGGCGAAAGGAGUUGCCAGAAAGAUGUGGUAUGAAUUUUUAGAAAAAAUUUGUCGCUACGAUCCUAACCUUUACAAUAAAGGAAGUGAAGACUGGCUUCAUCCUUCUUCGCGACCAGCAGCCCGCGACACCUAUUAUUACGGUAAAGUAGGCGAUGCUCCCCAAAUUAGUGAUAAAACUGGUCAACUUACUUCUAAGAUUAUCGAAAAAGAUUUAAGUAACUUAAAUCAACACGAAUUUGCUGCCGCUAUGACUCAAUUAAUUUCGGGUAUUUCAGAAGGUAAGCAAAAUACCCGUGCUGGCAGUGAUGCUAAGUGCGGAAUAGAUGAAAUUAUUUUGAUCUUAUUGACAAUUAUCCCGGCCACGCUUGAUAAUAAUUUCCAGGCUGUCGGAAUGAAUAAGGCCAACGAUGUCGCCGAUCUUUAUAAAAGUGGUAAAGUUUCUUCGGCUUAUGACGAAAAAGAUAUUUUAACUCUCGCCAAAAAAGACAUUUACGAUUUCUUUUAUCUUGGGAAAGGGGCAAUUGAGAAAAAUGAUCUAAAAGGAAAGACUGCGGCUAACGUUAAGACUGAACUAGAUGCUAUCAAAGGUGAUAUAAAAACUAAACUAGUGGAUGCUUCCGAAGUUAAUGUGUUAGGUUGGCAAAAAGAUAUUUUGGCUGGCUUAGAUGUCAUUUCUCCUUUACACGGAACUGGAACAUUUAUUUUUAUAGCCUCUAAUAUUCAAGAGACUGCUAAAAAUGCUAACUUUGGAGGAACUAUUACUUUAACCAUUGAUAAUGCUAAAG